CGUGUGCGAGUGUCGUCAUAAGAAAAGUGUGAUCAUGCAGCUAUUUCUGCUGACGCUUGUCGUUAUCUUCGGUGCAGUUUUGUACCGGAAGCAUCAGAAAAUGUUUAAAUUUGCGGAGAAGAUAGAGAUGCUUCACUCCUACGUGCCAGUGUUUGGCCACUCAUUGCUGCUGCUGGGCAAAUUGCCCGAAAAAGUGUUCCAAAUAUUUAAAAGCGCUUACCUGCAACAUGAUCGUCUGUUUCAAUUGCGGCUGGGAUUGAUGCUGUUCGUGUGUUCGUCUCAUCCGGAUAUAAUGCAUGCGGUGCUGGACAAUCCAAAGUCGAUGAACAAACCGAUGCUGUACGAUUUUUUCAAACUCGACCAGGGAUUGUUUGCCACACCCUAUGGUUUAUGGAAGCAUCAGCGCAAAACGCUCAACACGUCCUUUAACAAACGAAUUUUGGAUAGCUUUCUUCCGCUAUUUGACAAGUGUGCGCGGAAAAUGGUUAACGCAAUCAAGCAGGAGGCCGAUCUGUCCCGAGUGGAUGUGAUGAAGCACUGUAGCCGCUGCACGCUGGACAUGGUGUGUGGAUCAACGUUUGGCUCGAACAUUCUGGACGACCCGGAAGCGAACAAAUUUGUUCCUAUGAUAGAUAAAGCAUUUGAAAUAAUCGCAAGGCGCGUUGUGACUGUAUCGAAGUAUCCCGAAUUUAUAUACAAGCUCACUUCCGACUACAAAGAAGAAAUGUACCUACGAUCGACGUUUUACGAAUAUGUGUACUCGAUUAUCAACAGAAAAAGAGCCUCCUUGACAGACGAAAAUACUGACAAGCGCAACGAAGCCGAUGAUGACAUCGAGUAUCGUAAGCCACAGAUAUUCGUCGAACAUUUGGUAAAGGGAAAGCGUGCGGGUGAACCAUUUCCAGAUCUCGAAAUACUGCACCACGCUGUUACAAUAAUUGUGGGGGGCAAUGACACGUCGGCAUUAGCACUAUGCAAUCACCUUACACUACUGGCAAUGCACCCAAAGGUACAGGAGAAAGCACGUGAGGAAAUUAUGGCCGUUUUUCCUACCGGAGUGGAGCUAGAGACGACACCGGAAGCGUUAAGCCAGCUACCGUACCUGGAGCGAUGCAUUCUGGAGGCGUUGCGUUUGUGUCCUUCUGGGCCACUACUAGGUCGGGUAUGUAGCGAAGACAUCGAGGUGGAUGGUAACGUUAUUCCGCGCGGGACGAACUUUCUGUUUAGCAUUUUUGCGCUGCACCGAAGAACGGACGUGUGGGGACCGGAUGCGGAAGGCUUCGAUCCGGAUCGGUUUCUGCCCGAACGGUCGCAAGGUCGCCACCCGCAUGCGUACGCACCGUUCAGUAUGGGAUCGAGAGAUUGCAUCGGCAAGCGGUAUGCAAUACAAGGGAUGAAGCUGGUGUUGGUCCAUCUGUUGCGCAGUUUUCGGUUUUAUACCGACCUGGAGUACGAGCAGGUGGAGUACAAGUUUGAUAUUACGCUGAAGCUAUCGCAGGGCUAUAAAUUUAAGAUCCAAUCAAUUGAUGUUUGAGUGUUGAGUGAUGACUUUCAGUAUGGUAGUAUGGAAGGAAUACUUCUUAGAUUGUACUGAUUUUGAAAUAGUGGAUGCUAAACAUGUAAUUAGGUAUACAAUAUAAAUGUUAAAACCUGCCAGUUCACGUUCUUGA